UCCAACAGCAAACAGACAUGACGGCGAUUGUAGUUUGCAUGUUGACGGAUGUGUAGCAAGAUAGAGCGUGGUUCUUGACAGCCUCGUUUCUUGUGAGCAACCUUCUUGCAGCAGCGCUUCUGACGCAAUUCCUGUGUCCGGAGGACCGUGCUAGGAGAAAUAACGUCGAGCAAGCAAGAUAAACAGGUUUUCAUCUGAAAACAGAAACGAAAAAACCGUCGAGAGAGUAGCAUUCGGGCCACUGCUCGUUUCUGUACGACUACAACCCCGCAGCUGCACAUCAACCUUGUGAAAGCCGGCACCGCUCCUCACCAGUACGAAGAUGGGGUUCUGCCGCAAAUUGUGCCCCUGUUGCUGCCACCGGGUGCCAAAGGCAGAACGGGAUCGGGUGAAACGGGUGCACGCGGGAGAUGCAGUCGACGAUGACGUGAUGGAAAACCUGAUCAACGCCGCUACGGGUGAGGCGGUGGACCCCGAGCAAACGAAUUACGACUACUUCUUCGGCGCCGCGGAAGACUCGGGCCGGGUAUGACAUGAUUUUGAUUGCGCUGAUUGCUUUAUUCUUCUUGUUCGGCUUUGCAGUUCGUGCUCGUGCUACAACAACUUGCAGAGAUAGAAACUACAAGCACAUGCUAAAAUACGCAGCUCGUUGUAUGGUCGUCGAUUGCGUCUUCUUGUUUCUUCAGUGAUUUCGCGCUUUCAGUGGCCGAAGAGUCAAAAUCGACGAAACAAAAGUAGAAAUGUAUACGUAGUUUCUUGUCUCACCACGUGCACGUCCUCUCAUUCGUCGUGGUAGCUUCUGCUCUGAGUCAGAGGCUGAGUCAUCAAGGAUUAUGAACUGGACGAUGUGACUCAUUCUGAUGCAAGCAACAUGAUAUCACGUUAGUAUCUAUGUUUUUCGAUGAAAUUGAUAUCAGGACCAAAGCACGGUGGCGCCGGAUUGGGAGGAGCAGAUCGAGGGUGCUGGCGUCCUCGUGGACACGGUUGCGCGCGACAGUGACGCGGAUGAGCACUUCCAGCAGUACUCCAAGAGCCUGCACGGGUCGCCCAACCGUGGGAAGUCCGGCGUCGACGGCGCGCACAACCGGUCCCCGCCGCCCUCCAGCGCUUCGGGAGGGAGCAGCUCGGCCUCGGGUUGGGCCAGCGACAGCUCCGCGCGCUCCUCGGGGGUGGACUCUUCCGUGCACUCCUCGUCGAAGAUCCGGAUUGCUUCGGUUUUUUCCACGACCGCGACGUCCGCGCAGCCUGGCAGCGUCAAGGUUGCAGCAGCUGCGCGUGGUCAUGAUGAGCAACCGGUGGUGGAGAGUGGCUGCUACAGCGACUACUACUCCGCCCAGGACGAGCGCCCGCACGGAGAGCAAACGACAAGCACGGAAAACGAUGCUGGUUCGUCCGAUGCGAGCAAAAAAUCCACCUACACCAACCCCGCAUUCUACGUGUCCGCGUUCAAGCGGGCGUUUGCAGCGACGGGCGGUGGUGUGGAACCAAGCAACGAUCCGAAAACGCCGCCGAUCGGGUUGGGCAGCCCCGCGCAAAUGGUCGGCUACAGCAGCAGCAGCGGGUACCGCAUGAAAGAGAGCGACAGCUCUGACGAGUACGACGACCCUGAAGCCUCCAACUUCAACAACGACGAAGAACCUGCGACCAGCACGGAGGAGGAGGAAAUCUACCUGAGCAGAUACAAUUGAGAGAGAGGAAGGAAACUCAUUCAAGUUGAGAGGAUCAAACUUUUAUCGAGUUCUCUUCUCUUUCCAAGUUGAAACUUUGUUUUCUAAUUGUGAAAAUCGACUAGAAAAUUAUAACUACUACACGGCUUUAUCGAUUCCAAUUUACUAUUGAAUCGAUCAGAUGAAGCCUAAGAACACUGCGUAUGUGAUGUGUCUGUAUCGAAGUGAUGAAGACUGCAGUGUCAAGCUGGCACAGUGGUUUUCAUCAUUCAAAAUCAGGUAAAGAUUCAAAAUCGUCGCCGUCCAAGUGGCUUUCGAUUACAAGCUCUCCUUGUGGAUAAAAACUCUCUGAAUAUUCUUAGCAUAGUACCUCGUUCCAUUGAUUGUGGGAAAUCUGCUUCUGAUAUUCGGGUUGUCUUUUAUACGCGAGUUAAUACUUCUGUGGUACCAAGCAAUUUAUUCAAUUUUCUGUGACAAAAAAAUCUUGUUUAAAAAGCUCGCUGCUGCUGAGCCAGGGUUGUGGAUUCGACUCCAGCCUAGGUGCCACGCACCUGCAGCCUAGGUGGAUCCACGUGACAACUCGGACGGAGUAAAAAGGAGAAAACGCUAUAAAAGUGGAAAGUGAAAAAUGCAAUCGUUGUUGCGGAGCGAGGUGGCGAGGAGGAUGAGUCUACUCAUGAGUAGGGGAAUCCUUAUCGCCGUCCCGUUUCGCGCGCGGGUGUGCGCUAAAAGUGAGCAUGCUAUCCAUCGUGUGCAAAAAUUGAAGGCUUUUUUUUCUGCUUUAUCUUUACAUCGUUCUUGUUUUGCUUUUAGAGUAACUUCAUAUAUUAACUUUGUUUUCUCUACUCAUGACGUACUUUUUCCACUACAAACGUAACGACCCCCAUUGCAAACUAACGAGUAACGACCCCUUCUCUUUCAGUGCUUCACAUCAAAACACAGUACUUAUUGUCCGGAUCUCCGUCUAAUGAAGCGCCUCAAAUCGAAAACCGAAAAGGAGCUAGAUACGCAGUCAGGUAUCAGCUCUCAGCAUCGCGCCAAAACUAUCCUGACCUCUAUGAUGCUACAUCGGCACUUCAUUUGCAUGGUACAAGCGUAGAAUUGCGAAUUUAUACUUGUAAAACUUACACGGAAUUACAAUUCUUGUGAUAGUUUUACGAGCUGCAGAUUCACCUACGAGGCUUGAUAGGUGAGAAUGAGGAUCGAUGAUUAGGACGAGUCAUUUGAGUACUCGCAUGCACUUAUGAAAAUCUAUUUCUACCCGGAGAAUGCGACGCCGACGCUGAUGCAAAAGGAAAAGUAUUCCACCCGGGAAGAAUCGCCGCUACUAGUCAUCCUUAUUCAUUUCGCAAGAUUCUCCCUGGACAUACGCGAUUAUUUUGGAACAAGUACAAAAAAAGUGCCACUACAACGAGC